CUGUCAAGUUCAGCAAUCACAGGUCUCCGGCCAGGAGUGAGCAUUAAUUUUGCCUUUUUCUUAUUAGACUGUAUUUUCCAGAAACUUGAUUUUGACAAGAGCAGUUUAAUGGGGCAAAAGACGAAAGCUCACUUUACCAAUGGGAAAUCUAGCGAGCAAAGCCUCCGGGUGGAUGCUGACAAUCUGAAGACCCAUCUCGCUGAAAACCCUCGGUGUCCACAUGGACCGACCCUGCUUUUCCAUCGAACUCUACAGAAAACAGGUUUACAGAAAUCAUUUUACUCUUGUGCAGCGUUUCGGGACAAGAAACGAUGCAAAUUCCACCUGGAAUGUUCUCCGGGUGUACAAAAAACUGGUAAGCGUAAAGUGCAGGAGAUCACGGAGAGGACUGAAGCGGAUAGAGUGGACGGUGAUCUCGGCGCUCCAUCCCGGAAAAGCCAGAAAAAAUCGGGAGCUGCAUCGAAGUUCGAAUAUGAUGCUAGCCUUUUGCCGAAGGACUGGUGCGGUCAUUGUCAGAAACUCGUCCCUUUCGAGCGGACUGCGGGUCAUCCACAUCACCUGGAAAAAGUGGAUACAAGAUUUCCCACUAGGUUCUUGCCAGCAAUGGAAGAUAACCCUGCCGAAGCACAGUACUUCUUCAGUGAAAGGACGAAAGAAUUCUUCAUCCAUUUCCUGCAGUCGCAGAAGGCAAAGAAUGUGAUUUGCGUAGGAUGCCCUCGAUUGCACGAAGAAAUACUGGCAUCAUCAACGAGCACAAGUGGAUUAUGCAGUUUCCUACUUGACAUUGAUGCUCGCUUCAGUACCUUCUUUCCACGGAAAUCUUUCGCUCACUACAAUAUGUUCAAUCAUUAUUUUUUCGAACCGGCCGACCGGCGAGCCUACUUGAAUUUCAUUAGAGAAAAGGAGCCCGAUGAUGUCAUUAUCGUCAUGGAUCCACCCUUUGCUGGCAUCGUGCAAGUGCUGGCCAACAGCUUGCAGUGUAUCUUUGCGGACAUCGGUGGCCAGUGUUCCUUAUUGUGGAUCUUUCCAUACUACAUGGAAAAACACAUCAGUCGCGAAGCACCGUAUCUCAGAAUGAUUAGCUAUAAAGUGGAGUAUGCCAAUCACGGCAAGAUGCGCGACAAAUCAGCGCUCACUCGUGGCUCUCCCAUUAGAAUCUUCACGAACAUCCAACCGGAACUUAUCCAACUGCCGGCGCAGGAAGGCUAUUGGUUUUGUCAGCCGUGCCGGAAGUUUUCAUCACGCGAGGAACGACAUUGCCCUCAAUGCGGUGAAUGCGCCGGGAAAGACGGCAAAGUCUGGCGGCACUGCCGCAAGUGCAAACGGUGUGUCAAGGGCGACUGGCAACACUGUCAACGGUGCCAGAGGUGUCAUGAUAAGGUGUGUAUUAACGCAACAUCCAGUGGAACUUAAAUUCCCGCCAUCUGUCCGAUUUAUUUAUUUUGGCUUUUGGUUGCAUUGUUCACUUACUGCGUGUGAACAUUCGAUUCUUGUUCAUGAUACAGCAGAUCAUGAAAAGCGCCAAUUUAACACGGUGCUUGCGUUCGAAGCCAAUUUCGAGUAAAACAAAUCGGUGGUGUUGAUUUCAAUGUACGCGGUGUCCUUUUACGUGAGACGAUUGAAAACAAAAACUGAAAAUUGCACACUUCCGUCUCACGCACGCAUUUUGGUGGUGUCAUCGGUAUGUGAAUCUGUUGUGCAAGCACAUGAUUUCCACCUGCGAAUCAUAUGCCUGCCCGGAAAUUUCUCUUCAGUGAAUACAUUAAAAGGUCGCGGCAUAUAGCUAAUGGCGGAACAAAAGAAUAGCACGCGCUACUA